AUGAGCGGUAAAUCGGUGAUAUCAGACGAAUUUCUCCUCUUUGAUUCCAUCACAAAAGGCAAAGUGAAGGUCACCAAGUUCAUCCUGCAGGCUGCCAAAAGCAAUCUGCUGAACAUCAUGGAUGCGGAAGGACGAACGCCACUUAUUCUAUGCUGUCAAAUCAAGGAGGAGGUAGUCCGCGGUCAGAUGCUGAAGACGUUGCUGACGUGGGGAGCUGACGUCAACCUGCCGGACUCGAUGGGCCGCACCGUCCUCAGCUUCACCUGUCAGAGCCGUCUCAACGACGUCGUCCGCAUCCUUAUCCACCACCCGGACAUCAACCCAGACGCCAUCGACAACAGCGGAAACACCGCUUUAAUAUACUGCGGCAUGGAAGGGAACGACGUUGCAAUGGAAAUGUUGUUGAAGAACUUUCGACGGCUAGGCCUGAAAGUGGACCACUGCAACAACCGCGGAGACACGGCCCUUCUCGCCGCUGCUAAAGCCGGCAACAUACAGUGCGCACGACUCCUGGUUGAGCAGGGCAAAGCGAUGCAAAGCAAGAAGGACAGAACGCACGGCAAGACCGCAUUUCAGUGGCUCAAGGAGUACGGUUACGAGAGGGAUGAGCUGGAUUUCCUCAGAAGGGACAGAUUCUACCGCGUGGCGAAGCUCGCUACCUCUUUGGCCAGGAGCUCGACCGUGUCACAGCCGCGCGUGCAAACCACGUCCAGGGUAACGCAGACUGAAGAGCGAGGCACGACGGCAGGCUCGACUCAGACGAACAGGAGUCACGUCGCGCGCCGAGCAAGACUCAAGAACCAGACGAGCAACUCCUCUGUCGAGGGAACCGCGUCUGUGAAGAACUCCUUCGACAGCAUGUCCUCCGAUUGCGAGAUGGACUUUCUGUCUCACCCAGAAAAGAGAGACUGCACGCAUUUCUCGAUCGGCGUCAACUGCUCCCUGGCAUCUCUCGUUCUGUCCGAUGCGCCACCGAAGGAUCAGGAGGGUGUACAUCCCGCAAAGACCAGCAAGAAGAAGACGGUCAUCAACAAGAAGGUCGGUCGGUCGUCGUCCCAGAGGAAGCCCAAGGUCAAGCAGGUCUCGCUAAAGGAACGAAAGCGUCUGAACAAGUCGAGCCCUGCUCUGUGUGAGACGCACCAGGUUGACGAGAGCGAGUCGUCCUACUCACACAUCUCUGUCGGAAGUCUGGAUUCCGGCAUCAACACCCUCACUGACGUCACCUACCUGUCAGAGGACGGAGAAAAGGUAGCCUCGCUGAGUGUGGCUGUCAAAAACUGAACAUUAUUUCUGACAUUUUGUGUAUAUAUAUAUAUUUAUCUUCUUAAAGAUGCACCUUCCAUCCACUGACCACUGUAAUUAAUUUUGCAAGCUUACCUGCUUUCCUAAGAAGGGACAGAUUCUAUCGCGUGGCGAAACUCGCUACCUCUUUGGCUAGGAGCUCGACACACAAACACUAACCCCAACCCUAACCUCAAAUGACUUUACUAUUUGAGCCAAAUUACCCAGACAGUAAUAUUUCGAUGCAAUUGUUUGGAUUAAGCAAUUGCAAUUAUUGUGUUGACAGAAAUAUUUUUGUCCUGGACAGGCAAUGACAAUAAAGAUGGUAUAAAUUUUGUAAUGAACUAUACCCGGAAUUUAUUUGAAUCUAUAACAAAUACGGCUUAAUUAGAGUUUUUAAAUAAGAACGUACAAUCGUAUGUUUUACAUUUAUAGUUUUCUCACCACGAUGACGCAAAGACACGCAAAUAAUGUAUGUGAUAUGAAUUAUAACCAUAGUGUUAAAAUUGUUGGAAUUAUUCAAUCAAAUAGUUGUUUAACAAACAGGAGUCAAUUUCAUAAAUCUUCACAAGUUUACUUUAACGAAUAGCAGUUAUACUAUACCAGUCAUAUGUUUACAUGUGUUUGGCAUCUAUUCCACGCAGAAAAUUACAUCACAACGGAAGAUGGAGAAUGUUAAGGACAAGCGAAAAUGAAAUAUGUGUGCUUCAAACUAUAAUUUUUGUUCUGUUAAUUGUAACACGAACUGUGGUUUAGUCGUAAAUUUACGAGGCUUACGACGUUUUGUGACGCUGGGCCCAGGUUUUGUUGGGAGUUUUUCAACGAAGAAACAUAAUAUGACAAAUAGCAGUUUUAUAUAUGCAUAUAUUGAAAAGAAUAUUAACUGUUGUUAACAAUUUUGUUAAUGCUUAAUGUACAUGUGUGUAUAUCUGAAAGUAACAUGUAAUGGCUAAGCGACAAAUAAUAUAACCCAUUCAUGUAUAUAAAUAGAUAUUCCUAAACGCGUUUCAAGCGUAUUGUAAUGCACGCACAUGUAUAUAAAACAACCAAUUAGUCAUUGGUAUGCCUGCACAUAUGGAUGGAUGUAUAGAUGAGUACGUAUGCACUGUAUAUGCACAGUAUAACGUUAAUUCACCAGGGAAUGUGUAACGAUUUUUUCUUCGUUUCCAAGCAACACGUUUUGCGACCGCUAUUAUUAACGACGUUGUCUUGAAGUUAAAAUCGACAUGAGUUGCAGAAUUUACACACAAACAACACUACAAAUAACACGUUGUAGAAGGUGUACAGUAUCUUGGUAAUUUACUAAUAUAGAUGUUCUGUUAUUGAUCUGUUGGUUAAAUACGGAUAAAAAGAAUUAC